AGGGAUACGAAGCAGUAUAGAGGAGGAGAUUGUAGCCCGCAGGCCGGUGAACCUAAUGGAAACAAGAAAUUGCCACAAACAGCGUUACUUAUGCCUCGUCGCCUCGUAAAUAUCAACGGCAACCAACCUAUCCACGUUUAUAAACGUUUUGCGCAUCCACUGGAUAAAAGGCCUUCUCUCGAUUGAAAUAUCCAUUCUAGCGCUACAUUCGAAAGCCCAUUUUUUAACGAAUUUUUGACGUAAUUGAGGUGCGAUUAUCCGGACGUUUCGGUUUUUGAGAGAAAAAAUUCUAGAAAAAUUGUUUUUUUUUAUUUAUAUAAAUAAAUUUAAUAAAUAACUGUUGGUUUGUUAACUGUAGUUAUUAUUGGACUCUCUUGUAAAUAAAAAAAAUCGCAAACAAAUUGAUUCAUUAAUAUUAAAUGAAAUGGGAUUUUAUUGAGUUUCAAUUAAAUUAAAAUAUUUAUCGUAUAAAAACCAGAGAUUAUUUUCUUAAAUUACCAACAAUAGUUCUUUUUCUCGAUACAGUCAGUGAUAGAAAAAUGCUACAGCACUCGAUCAACCCACCCCCUGUGCACUCGUGUCGAAUGAAAAGAAAAUAUGACAAAGUGUCGGAUAAUUCGAUUACAAGAGCUACUCGACAAACAGAACAAUUUUAUUUUCUCCCAUUCGUCCAGCGAUUACCCCCCCCCCAAAGUUCGUCGAGAGGGAUGAGUAGUUGGAUAUUUACCGAGACAUUUUACCCCGGGUGUAAGAAUCAAGCGUUAUUCAUCCCCAAAAUCAUGAGGACAUUGUAAACUCACCUUUGCAUCUGCACUUUUCACCUUAAAUUUCACUGGAGAUGGAAAAACACGAUACAAAGUUGCUAGUGAAAUGCGAAUGUUGACUUGUCAACUUGGUAAUGAAAUUAACUUUUCAAGAAACAGUAAUCAGGGAUAAAAAAUGCGGCGAGCGGUGGUAUUUAUGCAAACUAAUCUCUUUCACGAGAAAAUUUUGCGCUUUAACGAAGUUGUAAGGAGUCGAGACAUUUUACUCACCCCCUACCCUCCGUCGCCCACCCCAUUCGUCUCAGUUUGUUAUUCAAUUUGUUGGGGUAGUUAUGAAGUAUUUCCGCGCCCUGAAAAAUAUUUCUAAUUUUAAAACAAAUAAUUAAAAAAAUGUUUCCCCAAUUAAUCGACAAAUCAAUUUAUUUUCCCUUCAAUUUUGUUUCUCUUCAGGUUUUCGGACGACUAAAUUCACGUUGUUCGAUGAUGAAUAAUUAAAUGUUAUCGUUAUUUAUCAUUCCACGGAGUUUAUGUGGUUCUUCAACCCCCAUAAAUGAUUGAGCUAAUUUCCUCCGCAUUGAAUUCACCAAACGCAUUACAACAUGUGCAACUGUCAAAUCAAAAUAGGAAUACGCAGCAACAAUAAGUUAUUGCCGUUGAAGGUAAAAUGGAAUGGCAGUAUUUUAUACAGUUCCGUUGUGCUACACCCGAUGAAUACAUCAACAGCCCCAGACCGUGCACAGAAUAUAUCAUAAAAUCAUAAUCUAAUGGGCGAUUCGAAUAACACACUUUUCAAUUUUAUCGAUCUUCAAAAAAAAUCGCGGGGGGAGUCGACACGAUCUCAAUAAAAAUUCCUAAAAAUUAAAUAAACGCAAAAAUACGUCAUGCCACUUAUCAACAACAAAGACCAGGUCCUUCCCUUCGAUUAAUUAUUAUUUAAAAUUUUUUUCCAUGAAAUAAACAAUUGAAAUAAACGAUAAACAAGUGAAAUGGUCGAAUGGGAUUGAAAUUUCUGUUCCCCAUUUUUUUUUUUAACUCCGUGGGAUUGAUUAUGUUAAUAAUCAUUAACACAAUGAUUAAUAGACAUAUAUUUAAUAAAAAAAACAAUUCCUGGAGGAGUUGAUGUCCCGAACCCUCGGAAUAUCAUUUGAUCGUUGAAUAAAUAAGAAACGAACGUCUGUUAUUCGGUAAAAACCUCGCACCUCGAUUCUCCCCCGGAAAAAUCGAUCGAACAAGUCCCAUGAAUGACGCACGGACAACAACCAUCAAAAAUGUUUAAGCAUACGAAUCCCGUAUGAAGAAGAAAAUUACAUUGACGAGUGGAGUAUUCAAAAGAGAAGAGUGGAAGCAUUUUGGUGCGAAUGGGUGACAGCGUUUAUGACCCUUUCCCCUCUCUUUCGUCCUACUCACCCGAUGAAUGGUAUAAUCAGUGGUCGCGUGGCAUCCCACCCCCAAUGCGAUACAUUCACGCCCCUGCUAUCAUCAAAUUCAAAGCUAAAAAAAAAAAAUUGCGUUGUGAAUGGAGUGGGAGAUUCCCAACGUAUCAAUUUUCUUGGAUCUUAUCUGCAAACCUCUCUCUAUUUUCCCCUGUUAAACACAAAUGUUUAUUUAUUUUUUUUCAUUAAUUAACUCCAACGAACCCUCGUUUAUACACUAGUAUUUUACUCUAGUGUAUAAACAGAGUAUUAAUUUUUAAUUAAUAUAUAAACAAUUAUCCCUCAAUUUUCUCCCUUCACCUGCAAAAACCCCUUUUGCCCCCACAAUUCCCUCCGCAAAAUUAAAAAAAAAAUAUAUCAACCAACGGAAAUGAUUGCGUUUUCCAAUCAAUGUUUCAAUCCCCCAAUUACCCCCAGAACAUUCAAUAAUCCCCAGCCGCCACAAUUUGACUCUCGCAAUUCCUCGAAAGGACUCCCAGUUCGCUCGGUGGUGAGUUUGUAGGGGUGAGGAACGGGGAGAGUUUGUCAAUGCCAACACAGAGAGAUAAGCCUCCCACCUGUUGCAGCGACAACUACUUCGCAGUCGUAAUAUAUCGGACGCCAUGUCUCGGAGUGAGCCAAUAGCCGCCCUGGCUUUGUGGUGGGAGCCGACGGAGCGGUCCGGUUGGCUGCUCUUUCCCACCGAGUACUUACCCCACGGCACCUCACCACGCUUGUUUUUUUUUUUUCAUCCCCCUUUCCCUCCCUCUCUUUGUCCAUCUUUCUUCAUCUCGGUCGUCGCUGAGACAAACCCGAAAACCACCGCUGCUCGGGGUGCACUGUAGACGACCACGACAAUUCGACCUGGCAGUGUAACAUACUUUGUCACUUUGUAAUACGUCAACGGGUGAAGCACAACGUCUGCUCCCGUUCACGAGGAAACGAGUGGAUGAAUCGUCGAGGCAAUUAAACGAUAAUCCGAAUAAUUAGGGGAUUUCUUUGUAAUUUUGUGAGUGUGUGAAGGUGUGAAGUGAUAAAUUAUUGAAUAGUCAGACGGGAAAAUUGCGUAAUUGUUAUAAAAAAACGUGAGGAAAAUUUUAAAAAAAACGCGAGUGAACGUGGGAAACGUCGGGUCAAGUCAACGACUCCGUCAGUUAAAUUUAACGGAGAAAUAAUUCCCGAUUGCGUGAAGAUUUCCGUAAUAUUUACUGAUUACGUAUCUUCCUGAAGUGAUCGAGUAUAAUCGCCAUGUGAUCGUGCGUCGGGUCGUGUGGAGUGGUCACAGGUGACGGCAUAUCCGUCGAUACAACCCCGAGACUGACGAUAUAAUCAACGAUAUCUGAAAAAUGUCAUCGAAAGCACUUCACAACGAGCACAUAAAGCGCCCGAUGAACGCGUUUAUGGUGUGGUCCCGGGGCCAGCGACGAAAAAUGGCCCAGGAGAAUCCGAAGAUGCACAACUCGGAGAUAUCGAAGCGAUUGGGAGCGGAGUGGAAGCUCCUGAGUGAGUCCGACAAGAGGCCCUUCAUCGACGAGGCCAAACGAUUGAGGACGCUGCACAUGAAGGAGCACCCGGACUACAAAUAUCGUCCCCGAAGAAAGCCGAAGUCACUCCUGAAGAAGGAGAACAAAUUUGGAUUUAGUCUGUCACCGCUGCUGUCCCCUCACAACGACUCCCUCGGGGGUAUAUCCAGGGGUCUCCUGCCGCCGUCGUUACCCCCAGCCCACCCCCAUCACCUCCUCAGUCACGACGACCUGAAGAUCCCGAGGUUCUUCCCGUCGUUCCCAUACUCCCUCUACCCAGCGAUCCAGCACAAGCUGAGUGGAGACAGUCUGAAUGGUGGGAAGCUAGCAGCCGACCUGACCUUCCAGGCGAUCUACGGUUCUGCCAGUUCCUUCUACAGCAAUCACCCCCAGGUGACAGGGGGUUGGCCCCGGCUGAUGACAGCAUCGCCCACCUCCUGCGUUCAGGGCAACUGCAGCUGUCCAUCACCACCCAGUCCUCCAGCCAGCAAGGACACGUCCAAAAGGCAGUCCUACCUGCCCCAGAACCUCAGCAAAAUGGGGUCUGAUAACGAGUCCUUCGGGAACUCCUUCGAUGAGGAACGACAGCGGGGAGCGGAGGGCAGCGGUGAUGACAUUUACUAUCGGAGCAAGACUAAUGAGCAAGCGAGCAUGACGAUCUACCCCUCGAUAUCCCUUGUCCCAGUUGACAAGACUGAUAAGUCCAAGGAGAAGACACUCUACCCAGCCCUAUCACCAACACCUGAACGCAAGGAGACGACAUCAACCACCAGUGACAACUCAUUCUCUGUUCAGAGUUUGACGUCGUCACCAUCUCCAGCGUCUUCAUGCUCGCCAACAAUCACGGGGACACGGAGUCAUGUUAUUUGAAGACCGCUUCCGGUUCUCCCUGAUAUCAAUUUUCGGGGGAACCUCGUCUCCAGCUGCUGGACGACACCACCUGAUUGGUGGAGAGUUGAACCGAUUCUCUCGCCAAUUAACCGUCCGGCCAAUUUCACGGCUACCAGCAGCAGUUUGAAUGGACAAGUCGAAGUUGUCGAUGAUGAGCGAUAAUUUUGAAGGGCCGAGGGGGUGGUGAGGUAAGGGAUAAUGCAAUUUAUUUGAGAUCAGGGGGUGAGAGGUUUUUUGGCAUCUGGGGGUGAAUCGGUCAGUAUUUCAAGGAAUUUUCAGAGGGAGAUGACAAUUUUAUCGGCACUUCAUUUUCCUUUUGUUGGAUAUUAAAUUUGGGGGAGGGUUUCGUAAGGGGGAGAGUGGAAUUUUGGAUUUUGGAUAUUUCGGGGAAAUAGAGACGAGGGAAAUCCUUUGAAAAUACUGAACGAUUCACCAAAAUCGUUCAUUUUUAGCUCUAGAUUAUUUAAUAAAACUGACGGUGCUGUGUUUGUAUUUAAAAUUUACUCUAAUAACUCAACUGUUAGAGUUCCAUGAAAAUGUAGUCAAUGCUAAUUAGUUAAAAGCGAAGUAAAAUUCAAAUUACUUUAUAACAAACCAGAUGACUUUUUUCACGAGUCAAAAAUCUCAAUAUAAACGUACUAUAAUCGAGUCGGAAUAUUUUUAUCAAAUCUUCCGUGAAUUAUACAUAUCUGUAUGUAUAUACUACGAUAAACAAUUAAUCUAUAAUCACAAAUAACAAUAAAGAACAGAUCAUUCGAUCUGUCCGUUGUUCAUUUGCCCUAGUACUUAAUUAAAUAAUUAUCAACGCGACUGAUACUUUACGUUCUUCAUGUAAAUUAAAAAUACCAAUGAUUUUGUAAACAUCGAGGGUCAUAAACAAUUUCAUGGAUUGAAAAUGUCCCCAAAAUAUGUCGUAACCUGUUCGUACGUUCAAUUAAUCCAUGUACAUUAUUAUCUAGAUUUAAUUAUUAAAAACAACCGGUGAAAAUCACCGAAAAUCCUCAGUAUUUUGUUACCUUAUCAUUAAGUUUUAGUUGAACAAUAUAAUUUCGUUUUGUUACUCCAAUUUUUUUAAUGUAAAGUGGUGUUCAAAUAUAGAAGGAACUGAAUGAAUUCGUGAAUUGUUAUUAUCAAUUAAUCUACAAACAAUAUCUGCAAUUCUCCAUUUGAAUAUUCCACCCAACCCCAGGAUCUUCCUUCGCGACUCCAGUGAAGUCAAGAAAGACUCGACCCCUUUGACUUUUAUUUCUGAUAAGCGUCAGGGCGUCUCGUGGUUGCCCGCCGCGCGCACAAAACGACAUUAUCGUACCGGCA